CUACAGGCCGCGCGGCCGGAAGUGACGCUUGUGGGUGAGGAGCCGCCAGUGCCCUCGCCCGACCCUGGCCAGGAGGCGCCCCGGGGCUCGGGUCCGACCCCUCCGGCCUUUCGGCCCUGCCUCGCCCCGCGCUUCCGCCGGCGGGUUGUGGCAGCGCGGAAAGUGGCGGCCCGUCCUGGGGGGGCUUAGUGCGCGCUGUGGUCGCCCCGCACCGAGCCUGGCGCCUGCUGUUCCUCCCACACGGCGAGCUCGCUCCCCUGCUCGCUCUCUGCUCGCUCGCCCGUGGAAGUUCAGGAAUCCGAAAAUGGGAAGAAACCCGAAAAAUAAAUGCUACUUCAAAUGUAGCAGUCCCUGGCUGUGCCCCACUCAGCUGUAAGCGUAAAGCUCUCCCCCUCGUAGGAUUUCCCGGCCACCGGCAAACGAAAUCCCACUGAGAGAUGGACUACAAGAGACAUGGGGUAUUAAGGAAUAGUUGCGCACCUGAUAUUCCUGCUCAGAAAGGUUAGAGAGAGAACUGGGAAAGGGCUGGGCAAAUGCCUACCAGAUACUUGGGUUUUCCAAACUCUCACUCUGCUCUACGAGCAACGCUGCUUCUGAGGGAGAGAAGGGUAUGGGAUGCCCCGGGGUAGGAUUCACCUGGAGACAAGGGUGAAGGAGCUUCCAAAUUGCCAUGGGCCCUUGUCCCAGUAUCUCCUCCCCAGCUGCUGCUCUUGCCCACAUCAGAUCCGUCUCCGAGGUAGCGUGCUCCCCCACCCCCAUUAGAUAGAGUCAGAAACAAUUAACAUAUCCCUAACCAGGGUCAAAGCUGCAUCUUGAGUUACGCUGUUAAAAAAGGCACACGCACAACACCAAACCAAAUCGAUUUCUCUCUCAGGAACAGCCUGAAAACUUGUUAGAAGGUUUUGAAAUAUACUGAACAGUUGAAAGGUUUGAAAAUAUACAGACCUAUUUCCUUGCUACGUAUACAUACAAACCCCCACUCUAAAUCGUUGCUUCUUGGGGGCGGUGAAGCCAGGCUCUUCCAUUUGAUAGCCCCAGACAGCGGGUGUGAUUAGGAUACUGCCCUGCCCGCUGAGUGAUGGUGUCAGAGUGCCACACACAAUUAUCCCAGCAGUGUCCCCCCCCCCCUUUUUAUACAAGCCCCAAAUCUUCCCUUACAACAGAGACCCUGGUUCAAAAGGCCAUGGAUGUUGUUUCUCAGGAGGCUUUAGAGAAUGAAGACCCAUCUCCCAAGUGCGUGAAUGCACCAGUCGAGUAUGGCGGGGGAGUGGAGGGAAAUGGGCCUCUCAGCUGCCUAUAGUCAAGGGUCAACUGAAAAGGAAAGAGAAAAGAAUAACCCCUGGCCUUGUCUGAGUUCAGCCCUCCACUGGCUGCUGUGAGGUGGGGCGGCCUAGUCUGGGGUUGUGCACAGCUCAGACAGGGCCUUGGCCUCAGGACUGGCCUGGGAACGCUUUGGCAGACAGGCAGCCAUCACCCCUCAGGGCUCGCCACCUUCUCCCUGGACAUGGGCUGGCACGAAUUCCCCCAGGCUGGGGCUAGUGACAGCUCCCUGCAUGGCUGGUUUCAGAGCAGCACAGUAGGGGGGUUACUGGGCUCCCACAGCUCAGCCCCUCCCUGCUGCUUCACGCACUUUCUUUCACUGGGAUUUCUGUGGCUCUCUCUUGUUCCCUUGCAGCAGGUCUCUGAUCUCCCAGACCACUCUCUACAGCACCUGUCUCUAGUGCUGCUAGCCCUGCUCAGCCUCACUGCCCCAUCUUUUCCACCUAGCUGGGUGGGAUAAAAGCAGGUACACAGCCCCUGAGCUCCCCCCGUCUCUGGAACCAAGGUCAGGGGAGCUCUCCCCCAGUGUGCUAGGAGGGUGGGUGUUUACUGCGGGGGGCUUAUUCCCUGGCAAGUCUGCAUCAGGGCCAGGCCCAAUCUGGCCACAACCAAUGGCUAUCGGGAGCGUCCCUGUUGCUGAACAGCUGCCUGCUUCAUUUUUCAUGUCAGCUACAAUAGGAAUUGGGUUGAAUUUAUAAACGGGGGCAUUGUUCCCCCUGCAUUUAGAAACAUGGUUCUCUCAUGGAGAGGAGGGGAUUGAAAUUAGAACACGAGAUAUUCCCCACCAUAGCAGCUCUCUGGCCAGCGCUGUGCUCAUUGCAGGGGGCUGUGGAGUUUCUACUAGCUCCGUGCUUAAAAUCGGUAGGAGGGCUAGUUAACACUACUGCCUCUGAUGUCAGCACCUCCAUCAGCUGACUGCCGGUAGCUAUGAGACCACACAGCAAUGCGAGCUUCUUGUUACUUGUAAACAAGCAUACACCAUGUAUUGAAUUUGAGCUUGUUGGAAAACCAGUGGAAACACUUCACCACAAGCCGAGAAGCCAUGGAGUCUUUUUAUCUGUAUGACAUCAGGGCUGUAACCUCCAACAAAACCAUUGAGAGAAUUAUUUCACCCAUGGCAGCUCAACUCUGUCAUUUAAUGAUCGCAGCUGAGUGGGAAGGGGUGAAUAACGAGCGCCUCGCUGAUUUAGAAAAAGCUGCUGAAGAAUUAGCCAAAGCUACCCAAGAACUUGCUUAUGUUGCAAGAAGGGUGGCUCAUGAGUACAACGAUGAGCUGCUGGCUGGGGAGAUGCUGCCUGCUGCUGAAUCGCUCCUCACGUCUGGGAAGAGCAUCUUACUGGUGGCCCAGAAACUUCAUAUUCAGCCAGACGUUCAGAGUCAUCAGGAGGAACUGAUUGAUUCAGCAAAGAGAGUCUUAAUGGAGACUGUAAAGAUCCUCCAGCUUGAAGAUGAUGCUGCAGUGACAAGGAUUAUCCAGGCCGCUCAUUGGCUUCGGGAUUGCCUGACCACACUUGAGUUCGCAGAAGACGUACCAGCUCUGCUGGCUGCUUUCCGUGACUUUUCAGAGUCCUUGGUCCUGCUGAACAAUUUGACAGAAAGACGCAUCCAAGAGCUCAGAGAUUCUCCUCCUCAGAAGUAUUUGGCCCAGACGCUGCAGAUCCUUAGGAAGUGCGUCCCGAUGUUGCAUGCUGCAAAACUCAGUCACCUGAAGCACCCCCAGGACCAGCAUGUGAAUGGUUCCAAAAACUACAUUUUCAAUUUGGUGGAUAGCACCAUAAAGGAACUGAUUUCCUUACUGACAAACACCACCAGAAACAAGGAACUACUGGAGAGAAAUGGGCUCUUUUCCCAGCACGUGAGCCAGCUGCUGGGCCUCCUGUCCAACACAAACCCUGCUCACCUAGCUGAGGGCAAAUUCAGUUUUCUUGUGGAAACACUGGUCUUCCACUGCAUGCUUUUAGCUAACUCAUCCAGGCCAAGGAUUAAGCUGCAGUUGAUAAAGCACUGCCAUCAUCUCCUAAUGCUCAGGAAAAGCAUUUCCAACCAUGGAAGCAUAAUGGAGGAAUUGCCAGCACAAAGCCAACUAGAAUGCAACCUAGAAGAGAAAUGUCAUGCAAUGAGAGUUGAGGUGGAGAUUCUUGAUCAAACAGUGCUCACUGCUGUUUUGUGUCAGAUUCUGGACACUUUCACAGACAUUAACGAACCCCUGAGAAGGUUAAUGGAGGCUGCACUGGAACCUACUACUGGGCAAUAUUCUCCUGCAGGAGAGGAUGGAUUUCUAAGAAAACUUCAGCCUCUUGUUACUGCCUUCUUCGAUCAUGCUCAUCAGAUGCUCAAAGUGGCAAAUUUUGUUCUGGCCAGCUGCACCAACGUCAAAAUCAUUAAAGAAAUUGAAGAUUGUGUAGACUGUUUAAAUAGACUCCUUGCCACGAUGCCUCUACUCCUUACGGAAAUGAGCAAGGAUCCUAAUAAGAUUCACAUCCAGGAACAACUACAAACCUUCUAUCAAAGAUGGGCUUGGACAACAGAAAGCUUGUUAGCGUGUGUUGAUGAGACAAUCAACUUGCCUGAAUUCCUUGAUCUGUCUAUUCAGGAAAUGGCCGAUCACAGAGAGUGUUGUGAACAAGAACUAGAGAGUCAGAACUCUGGAAAGUUUUCAUGGCAUGCCACUCAUAUGAUCAGCCGAGCGGCUCGCGUGAUCCAAGUUACUAACAGAUUUGUGGAUAAAGUCAGAGAUCCUAUUUUCAAGAACGGUUUGUUAGUUUUAGUUAAGCAAUUGGAAAUCUCCAUUCUGGAAGUGAAAACUGCUACUAGCCACUGUUUAGGAGGCAUCUCUUUUCUACAAACUAGAAACGCAUUUUCAAAGAGAGUAAAGCAUCUGAUGGACUCCACUCGAAAUGUCAGAGAGGGGUUGCAUGAGUCUAACCAUCCAGAUAUUCUUAGUCCACUUCGGGAACAAAUUCGGAGCCUUGACAUUCCAAAAGAGCUGGGAUACUUUUCAGCCCAGGACCAUAUAGAGCUCAGACCACCAGAUGACAUAAAACAAAGCACUACUGACAACACUGAAUUAGUAGAAGAAUUUUUAAGCGAACGGCUUCCAUCAGCCACCUCUCCUCUUGAGAUGCUUCCAAGAGCAGGUAACUUACACCCGGGAAGAGUGGAUGUACAUCCUGUGAUCAAUGAACUCAUCACUGCAACAAAGAAACAUGACAUUACUGCUGUAAACACUGCUUGCUUUGGUUUACUUGAACUUUCCAACUGUUGUGUAGAUGCAGCUCAGGAAGCCUUACCAAUUGUCAAGUCACCACUGCUGGAAAAGCUGACCCACUACAGAAAGAUAGUUCUAUUAACACCAUCUAUUAUUAGCUUAGCUAGGGAGAUAGGUCCAAACCCAGUUUCCAGAGCAGACAGACUUCUUCCAACAGCUGUUUUGUUAUCGGAGAAGAUUUGUGAAACUAACCAAUGCCUGGUGGCUGUGGCAGGCUCUUGGUACAGUCUAGUCCAGCAGUUAUUCUGCACAGUAGCUCCAGCUGACUUGCUGAAGAGCAAACAAACUUUGGAUGAGAUAAUGCAGACUUUAGCAAGAGUUGUUCAGCUAGCGGCUGAUGUUGCCCGUACAGAUUGCGAAGAGGAGCUCACGAUAGUUCCUAAGAUUCAGGAAAGGUUUGUACGGGUCCAAGCAAAAUUCACAAGUGCUCAGACUAAUACAAAGCAUUUACUUGAAAAGGCCUUGUCUUCUGAUUGCUUCCGUUCUCACCAGGACCGUCUCGAGGGGAUCUGCCUUCUCUGGUCUGUCAGCAUACAGGUGGUCCUGAGUGCUGUGGAUCAGCUCAUAGGACGAGAUGUUUUGUUCUUAGGUGAAUUAAGGAAUACAAUGAAGCACAAGCUUUGCUUGCGGGAUGUCCUGGCAGCUGUAUCCGAGAGCUCUUUGAGAAUACAGGAGGCAGCCCGGCUGUCCUAUCUCGCCUGUGCUGAACGUAGUGUGCAGUGUGACAUCCUAGCGCUCCGGGAGGAGGUAAAGGUACUAACUGAAGCUCUCCUGCAAGUGGCGGAUGUUCUGUCUGUCUCCCCAGUGCCUGCUACAAACUUGUCCAUUCGUGCUGAGCUGCUCCAACGAGAGCUUGCUGUUAGAGUGAAAGCACUUCUGCUCCUCCUGACCAGCACCAAUCAGGAGUACACAAGGGUCAUCCAAAACAUCCUCAGACUGGCCUGGCCUCCUGCGCGUGCCCAGGGAGGUGAUAGACGGAUGGUUAAACAGGCAGGUCAGAUAAUGGCAAAUGUCCAGCUGGUCAAAACCAUCAUAGAAGACACUUUGGAGAACACAGCUCAUCUAAAAAUGCGGGAAAGCCUGCUCUCCCUGACAGACCACCUUCUCCUCCUUACUGCUGAGCUGCUAGGAAGAGCUGGUGAGCAGCUUCAAAGCCAUCAGGACAAGGAGCUGGUCCAGCUAGAUUACAUUGCAUGGGAGUGGUCUGCUAACGCUCACUAUGUGGUGACGCAGCUUCAAUCAGUGAAGGACAUUGAUAAAGCUGCCUUGGAGCUCGUUAAGCAGUGUUUACAAAACAGCAAGUCACAUGCUGUUGCAAACCAAUGUCAUGGCAAAACAGAGCUCUCCCCCGCCAGGAUACCCAGCACCAAACAUCAGAAUCACACACACCAAGCCACUUCAGCAGACCCCUGGCCUACCAUGAGUGAAUCGAAAGGCUUAGCUGCCAGGGAUGCAUUUGAAAUCAUGCUCCUGAGUGACUCUCCUAACGACUCCCACUCCACUAGCAGCAAGCAGGGUAAGGGAGCCGCUCCUGCUGCCCUGCCAGAGGAUGCUGGACAGUGGCAGGACGACAGCAAUAAAAUGCCCCAAGUCACCAAGGAAAUGGCCACUGGGAUGUCUCACAUGGCACGGUUUCUAAAGAGGAAGGGACCGAUAACGACCAAAGAGCAGCUCAUUGCCUGUGCUAGUCAAAUGGCUUCCAAUGGGCAAGUGUUUGUCAGAUUUGGCCACCUGAUUGCAAAGAACUGCCUAGAUGAAAGAUGUGCAACUGAACUGCUGUGUGUCACCGAGCAAAUCCAAACAAUCAGCAACCAGCUCAGAAUUAUUUCCAGGGUCAAAGCAGCAACAGCAGGGAGUAAGUGCUCUGCUGAACUAUUGGUGAACAAUGCACAGAAUCUGUUUCAAGUGGUCCUACAGUCCCUGAAGGCAGCAGAGACCGCGUGCGUCAAAGUAAGUGUGCACUGGUAUGGGUCAAGAUUCUUUCAGAAGGUGAGUUCAAAUAUAUUCACAUUUUUACCCCCAACACUUCUGGAUUCAGGCUGUAACUUUCAGAGAAUUUUAAGGGAGUUCAGUGUCCAAAUCUCACUGGAAGUUGGACACUUAACUCGCUCCCUGAAGAGCCUCUGCAAAUCCCAUCUGGAAUCUGUGUUUGCCUCUCAAAGGUGACCAGGUACCAACUGUAGCACAGACAUUCCCUGGCAGCUGAUUGCACUGGAGUUCUGUCUUCCUGGGGGAACCAUAAAUGUUCCUUAGCCUGAAUUUGUUGUGUUCUGCAAACCCAUAAUUAGAAUUUCUCACAGAACGUGACUAUUGUGACUAUAUAAGUCUCUUAUAACGGAGACAACUGCUUCCUGGAUCUGCAACCUUUGCUCCUGCCCUGUACUUACCGUAUUGAAUCAUCCCUCCAAAUAAUGGACCUUCACUGUCACAAAUUCCAAGUUGCCCUCUGAGAUGAGGACUGCCCAAUAAGUACUGGGCCAUAUCUAUAAGGCGAAGCCGCGUAAGUUCAUCAAAGUGCCUUCAGCUUUUGAUUUUGGAUAGAAAGGCAGAUAGACAAAAGAAACACACUGCCGUGGAAGUAGAUUUUCAGCUGGGGCUUUAGAGACAGGUGAAGUGUCUCUUAGGCUUUGUCUUGGCUCAGUUAAGUUUCCAUUAAAACUCCCAAGGGCUUCCUAAUGAUGACAGCAAGAAAUAACUAAAUACCUUAAAUAAUUGAAUAGAGCAAUCUUUAAGUGAGCGCGCUCAGAAAACAGGCACUCUUUCAACCAGGCUCUGCUGAUACGACCUAUAAUUUCUGAAAAGUUGUAAAUAUUAAGGCCAGAAGAGACUAUUGUGAAUAUCUAGCCUGACCUUCUGUAUAACACAAGAAACUCGUAACUUCUGGUUCAGCUACAGUGUAUCUUUCAGAAAGAGAUCCACCUUGAUAUAAGGACUCCAGGUGACAGGGAAUCCACCACAUCCCCAGGGAAAAUGUUUCAAUGGCAAUGGUUAUCAUCGGCACUCUUAAAAAAUGUGCAUCUUGUUUCCAGUUUGAAUUUGCUGACUUCAACUUCCAGUCUUUGGUCUAUUAGAUUAAGGAGCCUUCUACUAACAGAAAUCAUUCCCAUUUAGGUGCUUAUAGACUCUCUCUCUUUUUGAUAAACUAAAUGGAUUGAGUUCCUUUAGUCUCUCAUUAUAAGGUGCUUUUUCCAGACCAUAAAUCCAUUCUUGCAGCUCUUCUCUGAAUUGUUUUCCAUUUUCCCAACACAUUGUUACUCCUUUUCAACCCAAGUGGUUAAUCAACGUUUUGGGGCACUGGGGGCAUUCCAGUUGGGAGUAGAAAUUUAUGAUGGAGACUGAUAUGUUCUUUGAUGCAGUAUUGUGUAUUGACAAGGAAGUACAUAGUCCUGCUUUUCCAAAUGCAGGAAGAACCAAAAUUUAAAAGCUACUUAUCUUGCAGGCCAAAGCUUCUUUCAGCCAGCAGCCCUGACCUCUCCCUAGCUUCUCCCAGGGCCACACCAUGCUUACAGGCUGCUGCUUGGCUUUCCUUCCCUGAGUCUGUUUGUUGUCUGCACACCAGCUUGUCCCCCCCACCCUCAAAUAAAACGAACCCCCUCACCCCAAAACAAUACCCAGUUGAACCUUGCCAACAUGGUGCUGCUAGUUUCUGGGUAGACUCCACUAUGCCUUAUUUAGGAACUUAGCUGUAAGAGACAAGUUAUCUCAAAUGUAGGGCACAUUCACACCCAGCAGUUUAAAUAAGGUUUAACCUAACCAACAAGGUUUUACCCAGCUCAUAACUAUACUUUUACGAAGUGUGGAGAGCAGAACUGGACACAGUCUCACCAAUGCAGUAUGAAGAGACAGUAUCACCUCUCUACACUUGCUACAUAUUGCCCUAUUUGUACAUGCAAGGAUCGCACUGGCUUUUGUCCCCACAGCAUCAUGCUGGGAAUGCAUGUUCUACAAUAGCCUGUAAACCCUCUUCAGUCACUGAUUUCCAGGACACAGGUAUUUUUGGUUCCAAGAUUAUGACUUUGCAUUUGGCUGUAUUAAAACAAAUGCUGCCUGGCUACCCCCCAUUUACUAAGCAAUCCAGCUUGCUCUGUAUCAGUGACCUGUCCUCGUUAUUUACCAGCCCACAGAUCUUAGUCAUCUACCGAUUAUUUUCAGCAAUGAUUUUCUUUUCUUCCAAUGAAUUGAUGAAGAUACUGAAUUGCAUUGGGCUAAGAAUAAAUCCCUGGGGGCCUCACUAGCUGAUUCCCCAUUAACAACUGUGUUUUCAGAUCUAUCAUUUAGCCUGCUUCUGAUCUAUUUAAUAUGGACAAUGAUUUUGCAGAGUACCAGCUUGUUAAUCAGAAUGUCACACUGUACUAAGUCAAGUGCCUCUUUUCCAUAAAACCAUACGGAUUGGCUUUUAUUAUAUUUCCAUCCUUUAACUCUUUACUGACAGUCCUGUGCCAGCUGUUCCAUUGUUUAGGCUAGGAGAGGUGUCAGGCUAACCAAGUUAACUUGGUUCCCACAUGUAGGCAUCUAGAGGUGGUGUGUUUAGGCCCCUUUGUACUAUAAGAAAUUUUAAACUCCCAUGUCUAUCCACGUAUAUUAAUGUGGGUAAUUAUUUUGCUUCCUUCAAACAGGGUUUGCGAAAGCCAGAUCCUGACUCAGAAGAAGCAGAGGCAGCUGCCUUUUGUAUGCAAUGGAAGAAAAAGCUGUUAAGGCACAGAGUCAAAGAAGCUUUAAACCCAGAUAGGGAUGAAUUUGGACUUCGCAGAGCACGU